AUGCCUUCCUUUUUAAGUCUACCGCAGGAAAUCCGGGAGUCUAUUCUUGAAGAAGUCUUACGAACCUGUCAUCCACCGCCGGCUUAUCCAUCAACGUCAGGCAGAAUCGACUUCUAUGAUAUUGAUUACCAGGCUUGGCGCAGCAAAGCGAAAAUCUACCAUGAGCAGCGCAGCUCGCACUGCCCAUCCAAUUGUCUCCCUCUUCUUCUGGCCAAUCGUCAAAUACACGACGAAACCCAAUCCGUCCUCAAUCGCAAAAAAUUCACAUAUGUUCUGGACAUCUCCGUUUUGAAUGACUACGAUGUGUUCCCGACUUGGGUAUCUGUGCCGUUCCUCACGAAUCGCAUAUACGCACUAGCUGCCGAUGUGCGCCUUUUUGGCAUCCCAUCGUCAGAAUUCGAGGAUCGAGAUAUAACCGUUGAGAUCCUUACUCUUGACUUCCAGUCAGCCGAGUCUGUGCUUCCGUUUCCCCCGGACAGCAUCCAUUAUUAUGCAUGGCAAAAUCAACAUUUCGCUUCUGACUUGAUCUUUGACGAAAGCGAUAGUCCGAAUGAACUUGAGAAGUACCGGACGCGACCAGAGUGGCCCGCCAGAUAUUUUUUAUCAGAGAUCUAUAAUCUUCUGGCUAUGUCAUACCACACUGCAUCAUAUGGGAAGAUCCUCUUUGAGAGAAUUGGAACCAUCCUCAUCAUCUGGUUUGAAAGUUUGACUGAGAUCGACCUCGCUAGUAGAUUAGCUGCGCUGCACUUUACUAACCCGCAAGAUACCUUUGGCGACGUGUGGCCCGAAGAUCGCCUUUCUACGUUCUGGAAGUGGAAAAAACAAACUCUUACUCGUAGAGAGGAGCUAGGCUUUCCGGUUGUGUGGCCUGAUGAUCGGGAAUUGAAAGACUUGCUGUGA